AUGCAACAUUUCAAUACCAGCUAAUGCAAUAUAAGUAUACUUCUUAUGCUGAUCAAGUCCAUUGUGUAUUUGACUCAUAUCGGCAGAGUCAGUGGAGACUGCUGGCUAAUUGAGGGUGAAAAGGGCUUUGUAUGGCUUGCAAUUUGUAGCCAAAACCAACCACCUUAUGAGGCCAUCCCGCAGCAUAUCAACAGCACCAUUGUGGACCUUCGUCUGAAUGAGAACAAAAUUAAAAGCAUCCAAUAUUCUGCCCUUAGUCGCUUUGCCAACUUGACCUACCUGAACCUGACGAAGAAUGACAUCUCCUACAUAGAGGAUGGGGCCUUUUCUGCUCAGUUCAACUUACAAGUCCUUCAAAUGGGCUUCAACAAGUUGCGCAACCUGACAGAGGGGAUCCUCAGGGGUUUAGGAAAGCUGCAGUACCUCUACCUCCAGGCAAACCUGAUUGAGACUGUGACACCCAAUGCCUUUUGGGAAUGCCCCAACAUCGAGAACAUUGACCUCUCCAUGAACCGAAUCCAGCAGUUAGACGGGUCCACGUUUACCAGUUUGACUAAACUGACCACCUGUGAGCUGUACACCAACCCCUUCAACUGCUCAUGUGAACUCCUUGGUUUCGUCAAAUGGCUCUCAGUUUUCCCAAACAGGACCAAUGAGCGGAUGGUCUGCGACUCCCCACCUGGCGUCUCCGGUUACAGUUUACUAAGCCAGAAUCCGAACAAUCCAACGCAUCGAAAUGCGCUUCACAUGCUCACCACCGUGUGCACCGAUGACUAUGUGACACCAUUUAUUCCGAUGCCCACCGAGCCCACGACACCCCCACCGGACUUGACACUGUGUGGGAUGGAAGACUGCCCCUCGGGCACAGAACCAGAAGACAUCACCAUCAGCACCUACAACGACGUGGAAGUGAGCACUCUGAUGAAACUGAAGGAAGUAUCGAACACGGGCGCGACCAUCAUGGUUCAGAUUCCUCACCCCUUCAAGAAGAUGUACAUCCUGGUGCAGUACAACAACAGCUUCUUCACCGACAUUCAAAACCUGAGAGCUAUAAAGGAGGACAUUGAACUAAAAAACCUCAAACCCCACACUAACUACACGUACUGCGUCGCUUCGAUACGUAACUCUCUGCGACACAACCACACUUGUCUGACAAUCACGACUGGCACUUUGAAAGGAAAGGUUACAGAUGUAAACAAUGCAACUGCUACUCACUACAUUAUGACAAUUUUGGGCUGCCUCUUCAGCAUGGUCAUUUUCCUGGGCGUGGUCUACUAUUGCUUGCGUAGAAAGCGUCAGCAGGAUGAAAAGCACAAAAAAGCCGACAGCCUGAAGAAAAAUAUAAUAGAACUCAAAUACGGACAGGAGCUGGAGGGAGCCACUAUUUCUCGAAUGUCUCAGAAGCAGUUGUUGGCCGGGGAGAGCAUGGCACGUAUGCCGUACUUGCCAUCCGCGGCCGAAAUGGAGCAGUACAAAUUUCAAGAGAUAAGCGAUACUCCUAAAAUGAUGAAAGGAAAUUACAUGGAGGUGCGAAGCAUGGAGCGCCAUGAACGCAGGGAGUGCGACAUGGGAAUGGCCGGGAACAGCCAGGGGUCGGUGGCAGAGAUUUCCACCAUUGCAAAAGAGGUGGAUAAAGUCAAUCAGAUCAUCAACAACUGUAUCGACGCGUUAAAGUCAGAGUCCACCUCUUUUCAAGGGAAAUCCGGUGCAGUGUCCACAGCGGAGCCCCAGCUCGUACUAAUAUCAGAACACCCACAGAGUAAAUCUGGCCUUCUUUCCCCUGGAUACACGGACAGCUAUCACCACUCUCUGCAGAGGCAUCGGACCUCGGACAUCUCGCCAAAGAGGCCCAGCACUGCCACGGGAGGGCCCAUGAGAAGCCCACGGCCUUAUCGCUCUGAAUCCAAGUACAUCGAGAAAAACUCCCCAAAAGGAGAGACCCACCUAACUGUAAAUCCCGCUGCCGCCAUUCUGAGGGCCGAGGCCGAGAAGAUCCGCCAGUACAGCGACCACCGGCACUCGUAUCCCGACGCUCAGAUAGAGGAGCUCGAAGGACCCGACGGCCACAAAUCCUCCAUGUUGGAGCCUCUCACUCACUCCCGCUCCAGAGAAUUAGCAUAUUCCCAGCUGUCAUCGCAUUAUCACAAUCUAAGCUACUCAUCCAGUCCUGAAUACUACUGCAAACCCUCACACAGCAUCUGGGAGCGAUUCAAACUCCACCGGAAGCGGCACAAAGAUGAGGAGUACAUGGCCGCGGGCCACGCUCUGCGUAAGAAAGUCCAGUUUGCAAAGGAUGAGGACCUGCAUGAUAUUUUAGACUACUGGAAAGGUGUAUCAUCCCAACAGAAAUCAUAA